AAAACACAUUUUAAAUCACACAUUUUAAAUCAGGUGCUAUCCACCUGAUUUAAAACCUUCAGAAUUUAGGACCCGCUAUUUUGCUUCUUAAGUGAAUAAAUACUAAAUCAGGUAGACUGAUUUAAAAGAAUUAUUUAUUAUAAAAAAAAAUAAAAAUUGUUUCCCUCUCUUCUCUGUGAAAGAAAAUUCCUUUCCCCCCUUUAUUUUCAUUUAGCAAAAUUGAUUUCCCUCUUGUUUUUUUUCAUUCACCAGAAAACCCUAACAUCAGAGAACUUUUUCUUCACUUUCUCUCUAUCACGAACACAGAGACUUUUUCACUUUCUCUCUUCACGAACCCUAACAUCGCAGCUUCAAAUCCAUCGCCGCUUCCAUCGCAGCUUCCAUCGUAGAGCAGCUUCUCACACGAACAGAGCAGCUUCAAAUCCAUCGCCGCUUCCAUCAGAGCUUCAAAUCGACCAAAUCAGCUUCCAUCGCAAAGCCGCUUCUCACACGAACAGAGAGACAUGGAUGAUCCAUCAGCUCCUUCAUUAAGCGAGAAGGAUACUCAGCCAACCAAAAAGAGGGGUAGACGUGGAACACGGAUGAUAGAGUUGACACUGAGUAAUGUUAAGAAACCAAUUGAUUUCGAUCAAAAGACCAAACUACCUUUAGGGGCAAACAGAAAAAAGUUCAAGAGUCAUGUGGGUUCCGUUGCUCGAAAGACAGUCAGUAUUUUGGUGGAUGAAUGGGAACAUGUAGAUGAGAAUGUGAAGAAACAGAUUUGGGACGAUAUCAUGUUAACAUGGGAUAUUCGUGAUACUGAUAUUGGAAAAUUGAAAGACAAAUGGAUUUCCUAUGCGGGUGAGCGUUGGAGGGCAUUUAAAACGUCCCUAACAACGAGAUAUUUAAAUGAUGGGGUAAUGAGUGACAAAUCUCCUCUUGAAACAUAUAGCUUUCUUGAUGAGGAAACAUGGCAGGAGUUUAUUAAGACACGAGAGGAUCGUUCCUUUCUGGAGAAAAGAAAGAGGGGUCAAAUGGUUCAAGCUUGUAAUAAAUACCCUCACAUCAUGUCUCGUGGGGGAUAUGAGUUGAUUGAAGAAAAGAUGAUGCAAGAAAAAAUAAAACAAAGACAAGAGUCAGCUGGAGAGUCCCUACCUACACCUCCAUCUCCACCAAAACGCCAUGAGAAGUGGAUAGUGGGCCGAACAAAGCCAUCAGGAGAGUACACAUCAAAAGAAACACAAGUUGUUGCAGAUAAAAUUACUUCCCUGGUUCAAAAAACAGCUGAAGGAACCUUUGUUCCGCAAGGACGUAAUGAUAUCUUAACUGAAGCGAUUGGGCGACCUGAACACCCUGGACGUGUUCGUGCUGCCGGUCGAGGUGUGGGAAUUCGACAAUAUUUUGGUCCGCAAUCGCGUAGUGCUGCCUCUACCUCACUUGUUCUCAAUAGCACACAAGUGGAGGCCAUUAAAAUCGAGCUUACAAAGGAGAUUAGAGAGCAAUUGAUGCGGGAUAUAUCAUCUAUGCCUGUUUUUUCUCAACAAUACCCAAACUUCCCAACCUGCUCUCCUGAUAUACUUGCAAGCACAAAUGGUAGUUGUUCCGCGGUGCGGCAUAUACCAGUGGAUGAGGAUGAGGAAGAUAUCCCUGAUGAGUGUGAACUAUAUGUUGAUAAUAAACAUCACAUGGCAUAUGCAAAUGUGUACAACUUGGGACCUACCAUACAUAAUCAGCUGUUAGAUAAUGAUAUGGCAAGGGUGGCUAUAACCAAGGUGCUAGAUCCAAAUGUUCCCGUCCCCAGGCCCACGGAUGAGGUGACAAAAGUUGGUGAAGCCCUCAACAAUUUCAUUCAAUGGCCAAAAAGACUUUUGCGCCUUGUUGCUAAUAAGGAUGAUGAAGGAAAAAAGAAAGAUGUCCUUCCAUCUAAAAGGUCAGAACCCGAUAACACAUGUGCUGAAAAAUUGAUGUUAAAGAUAAUGUCGCGGAAGGAUGAUGUGAAGUUCAAGUUGGAAGGGGAUGCAUUUUUUUCUCUCCCAACCAGAGAUAUUAUGGAGUUGUGUCUGAAAACACAAGAUUUACGCGUCUCUAUUCUACGUAUAUGGGUGGUGUAUAUGAAACACCUUUGUACUCGGUUGGACAAGAGUAACAUGUAUGGUUUUAUUGAUCCUAAUUUCAUUCAACCACAAACUGAUCGAGCUGGUUCUCAGUCUUACAUAACUGAAAAACUGGUUGAGAAUGAGAAAUACUGUUUUUUUGUACCUUACUUACACAAUCAUCAUUGGCAAUUGCUCAUUAUUGAGCCAAAAACACAAAAUGUAAUCUUCCUAUGUUCAAAGGGGUUGAGGCCAGAUAAAAAUAUUGUUCUUAUUGUUGAUUCAGCUAUAAAUGGAUAUAAUAUGUUGAAAGGUUCAAGAAAACAGAGAAAGCCAACAUGGAAAACUACUCUCACAUGCCAAAGACAAUCUUUCAAUCAUGAGAGUGGUUAUUAUGUUUUGAUACAUAUGUUGAACAUUGUAUCUGCCGGUAUUGUUAAUUCAUGGAAUCAGGUAUUUGGAGACUCAACACCAUUUCACGAGGACGAAGUUUCGAAUGUUCAAGAACGUUUAGCAAAUUCGAUUCUUGAAUUUGUAUGAAGUAAUUUGAUUAGGGAGGAUUUUGAUCCUGUGUCUGCUGCAUUGUAACAAGAGGAUUUGGUGUUUUGUGCCUUUGGUAGGAGCCUAAGAUUGUUUAGAUUUAGUUUGGUUAGGCGUGUUUUGGUAGUAGCCUAAGAUUGUGUAGCUUUGCUUAGGCGUGUUUUGGUAGUAGCUAGUCUAAGAUUGUGUAGCUUUGCUUAGGCGUGUUUGUGCUUUUGUUUGGAGCCUAAGAUUGUUUCGUUUUAGUAGGAGAUAUUAAGAUUCGAUGGUACUUUUGGAAUAGAUUUUCAUGAAUAUUUUGUAACUGAAUUUAAUGACAAUUUGGUGAAUUUAAUGACAAUUUGGUGGUAUCAUAUUUGAUUUUCUGAUA